AUAUUUUUAUGUCCGAGUCUGGUAAGGAGCGAUCAAGGCUAGGUGGUGGUUGUUGUGGCGGUAGAAGUGGCGAUGACGAGGACGACGGUGGUGAUUGGAAGAAUGAAAAUGAACAUGGGUGUGAAAAUUGUGGUAAAAGGGGCAAGAGGGUGGCCCUAUUUCGAUUCAGAAAGGUUAAGAAACCAUUCCAAAGGAGGAAUAAGAAGUCUAAUUAUUCUUCUAAUUUAGGCAAGAGGGUAUGUGGUGGUGGUGGUGGUGGUGGUGGAAGUGGAUGUUACUUCUGUUUGAAGCAACCUCAGACUUUGGAUUCCCCUGGUGAGUCUCAGACAAGAGAUCCUAACAAUCCGGAGUUUACUUAUGAGAUAUUAGGGCCUGUGAUUGAGAAGAAUGAUUUUUAUUCUAAAGAAUGCAAUACCCAUUUGGAUGAUAUAUAG